GCCGGGCCAGAGGCCGGAGCCAUGGGCGAGACCAAGAUCAUCUACCACCUGGACGGGCAGGAGACGCCGUACCUGGUGAAGCUGCCCCUACCCGCCGAGCGCGUCACCUUGGCGGACUUUAAGGGCGUUCUGCAGAGACCCAGCUAUAAGUUCUUCUUCAAGUCUAUGGACGACGAUUUCGGAGUGGUGAAGGAGGAGAUCUCAGACGACAACGCCAAGCUGCCCUGCUUCAAUGGCCGGGUGGUGUCCUGGCUAGUGUCAGCUGAGGGCUCACACCCAGAGCCAGCUCCCUUCUGUGCUGAUAACCCAUCAGAGCUGCCACCACCCAUGGAGCGCACGGGAGGCAUUGGGGACUCCCGGCCCCCAUCCUUCCACCCUCAUGCUGGUGGGGGCAGCCAGGAGAACCUAGACAAUGACACAGAGACGGACUCGUUGGUGUCUGCCCAGCGGGAGCGACCACGCCGGAGGGAUGGCCCAGAGCACACAACCCGGCUAAAUGGAACUGCAAAGGGGGAACGGCGGCGAGAGCCAGGGGGUUAUGACAGCUCGUCCACCCUUAUGAGCAGCGAGUUGGAGACCACCAGCUUCUUUGAUUCGGACGAGGAUGACUCCACCAGCAGGUUCAGCAGCUCCACAGAGCAGAGCAGCGCCUCACGCCUGAUGAGAAGACACAAACGGCGGCGGCGGAAGCAGAAGGUGUCCCGGAUUGAGCGGUCCUCGUCCUUCAGCAGCAUCACGGACUCCACGAUGUCACUCAACAUCAUCACGGUCACUCUCAACAUGGAAAAGUAUAACUUCUUGGGCAUCUCCAUUGUGGGCCAAAGCAACGAGCGCGGUGACGGAGGCAUCUACAUCGGCUCUAUCAUGAAGGGUGGGGCUGUGGCUGCUGAUGGACGCAUCGAGCCAGGAGAUAUGCUGUUACAGGUAAACGAGAUCAACUUUGAGAACAUGAGUAAUGACGACGCAGUCCGGGUACUACGGGAGAUUGUGCACAAACCAGGGCCCAUCACCCUGACUGUAGCCAAGUGCUGGGACCCAAGUCCACGUGGUUGCUUCACAUUGCCCAGGAGCGAGCCCAUCCGGCCCAUUGACCCUGCGGCCUGGGUCUCCCACACUGCAGCCAUGACUGGCACCUUCCCUGCCUACGGCAUGAGCCCCUCCCUGAGCACCAUCACCUCCACCAGCUCCUCCAUCACCAGCUCCAUCCCUGACACAGAGCGCCUAGACGACUUCCACCUGUCCAUCCACAGUGACAUGGCCGCCAUCGUGAAAGCCAUGGCCUCCCCUGAAUCCGGGCUAGAGGUCCGAGACCGCAUGUGGCUCAAGAUCACCAUCCCCAACGCUUUCAUCGGCUCGGAUGUGGUGGACUGGCUAUACCACAACGUGGAAGGCUUCACUGACCGGCGAGAGGCCCGCAAGUAUGCCAGCAACCUGCUUAAAGCCGGCUUCAUCCGUCACACUGUCAAUAAGAUCACCUUCUCCGAGCAGUGCUACUACAUCUUCGGCGACCUCUGCGGCAACAUGGCCAACCUGUCCCUCCAUGAUCACGAUGGCUCCAGUGGUGCCUCUGACCAGGACACUCUGGCCCCUUUGCCACACCCUGGGGCCGCCCCUUGGCCCAUGGCUUUCCCUUACCAGUAUCCACCGCCCCCGCACCCCUACAACCCGCACCCAGGCUUCCCGGAGCUGGGGUACAGCUACGGCGGGGGCAGUGCCAGCAGUCAGCACAGUGAAGGCAGCCGGAGCAGUGGCUCCAACCGGAGCGGCAGCGACCGGCGGAAGGAGAAGGACCCAAAGGCCGGGGACUCGAAGUCGGGCGGCAGCGGCAGCGAGUCCGACCAUACAACCCGCAGCAGCCUGCGGGGGCCAAGGGAGCGGGCCCCCAGCGAGCGCUCGGGGCCUGCUGCCAGCGAGCAUAGCCACCGCAGCCACCACUCGCUGGCCAGCAGCCUGCGCAGCCACCACACGCACCCGAGCUACGGCCCCCCUGGCGUGCCCCCUCUCUACGGCCCUCCCAUGCUGAUGAUGCCCCCACCGCCCGCGGCCAUGGGCCCCCCAGGAGCCCCUCCUGGCCGCGACCUGGCCUCGGUGCCCCCCGAACUGACCGCCAGCAGACAGUCCUUCCGCAUGGCCAUGGGAAACCCCACCAAGAAUUUCGGGCUGUUUGACUUUCUGUGAGCCCCCAGCGAGGGGAGGCCCAGCCUCCGAGGAGACCAGGAACCAUGCUUCAGCAGCCCCUCAGGGCUUCCCAAGGAUAUUCAGCCCCCAUACCCACACUUCAACAUGUUGAGUCACUAGGCUUCUGGGGAGGGCCCUGGCCACUUGCUCACAUAUGGCUCUAUUCGCCUUUCCAGAGAGUGUGUGGGUGCUAUUUCUUUCUCUCUUUCACACAUGUGUACACACACACACACCUAUGCAAGUCCACUUAAGCUUUAGGGCUGGUCCCUGCCCAGAGGGCUGGACCCUCUCUCCAAUCCUCUCCCAGGUUGUGGGGCUGGUCCCAACUUAACCUCUACCCUUCCCUUCCUCGUAGUCCUCAAGCAUUCCGCACAUGUCCUCAUCAUCUUCCUACCUUGGUAAAUCAUAAGCUGGGUCUCAGGCUGGGCUCAGCGGACAACUGACAGACUGUUCUCACCAUGCCUCCUGCUGCACAAACCCUUUCCUGUUUUUACAAUCACCAUGAUACCCCAAAGCAAAGUUGGGCAGGGGGACUUCUGGGACUUCCAGACAGAGUGCCAGGUUUUAUUUUUUUUACCUUACUUUACAAUUUGAACAAAUCAUGACUUUCUCUUUAAGCCUCUUCUAUAAAUUCUGACUCACCUAGGUUUCCCUAUUCAGAACUGGGAUGUCAAGAGUGAGGUGAAGUGACUAAGCUCCAGGAUUUGGGGUAAACCAGGGUAGGGGCAUUUCAGCAUUCAUUCAUUUAACAAAGACUCCCUGGGGUUUUCAGUGAGUGAGGGCUGUGUUGGAAGUCUAACUCAGUCUUGCCUGCCUUCUGGAAGCUCUGGGUUUGCUCCCAGCCCAGACCAUGGCUUCCUGUAGCCACCACAAUAGGGCUGCCUCCUGUACUUCUUUCUUCUUUGACUCUGCUUUGUCUUAACUCUCUUGAGAAUUCCUCCCUAUUGCUCAUGCCUUCAGUGUUGGUGCUCCCAGUGUUCAUUACACUUCUCUUUCCUAUUUACUCCCCAAAUGGUGUCAUCUAUCCUAAUGUCCUCAGCUGCCACUGAUAUGCUGAUGAUUCUCAUAUAUAUACAUCUCCAGCCCCAAUUUCCCUCCAACCUUUAGAUCUGUAUUUUUAUCACUCACUAGACAUCUCCGUGGACAUGUCCAUGUGGACUCAACUAAUUUCCCCCACCACCUCCUGAAUUCCAACCCUGGUUACCUUCAUCACAAUCCACAUAGGCUCACCAGCUAGAAACAUUUAUGGGCUUAAAUUCUUUCCCAUAUCUUACUAGUCAGCAGGUCAUAUCCAUUCUACUCCAAUAUUUCUUGAAUUUGGCCCUUCUUCUCGCCUCUGCCUCUACUCUAGUUCACAGGAGCAUGGGAUUUGGAGUCAGGUUGUUCUGGGUUUGAAUCCCAGCUCUACUACUUUUUGGUUGUGUGAUAAGAGAGUUAUUUAAUCUCUCUGAGCCUCAGUUCCCUCACAUGUAAAAUGAUGAUAAUAAUACCUACCUCACAGGGUUG